CUUUCUUGACCACCAUCUUCUAAUAACAAGGACAGUCAAUGGACUACCUGCGGAGCAUAGGCUCCGCAGCAGCUUCGGCCGUGCUGCAAAAGUCUGGCAUUGCUUUCCCAUUCUCUCUGGGCGACAAGAUUGGCGCAUUCGACGGCAAGACCAUCUGGACGCUGCAUGAUGCCGUUAAGCGUGAUGAUAGUAGUCUCGUGUCCGUGUUUAUAUUCGACUCAAAUGUGGGCAAUCGACGGUCGCUCAUGCCCCUGGCGAAGAACGCCCUCCGCAAGCUGCGCACGAUCCGUCACCCCGACGUGCUCAAGUUCAUUGACGUCGUAGAGACUGAUACCACCAUACACAUCGUCACUGAGCGCGUUACCCCUCUGCGCGUAGCAGCGGAACAAUGGACUGGCAAGGGCAAGGAGCGGGAGGACUGGGCAGUGUGGGGCAUGCACAGAGUGUGCGUGGCACUCGCGUUCAUCAACGACGCGGGCGGAUCAGCACAUGGGAACGUACGAACAGACUCUGUGUUCGUCUCCACUACGGGGGAAUGGAAGCUCGGUGGGUUCGAGGUCCUAAGUCAACCGAAGGACGACCAGGCCGUCCUGUACACCGUUGGCGGGCUCGUACCGGACUCUGGGACGUAUGCGAGUCCGGAAGUCAAAAAAUCAGGUUGGAGUGCGCUGAAGGAGCUGGAUACAUCUGUAGCAGACUCGUACGCUCUGGGUCUGCUCAUACACACGACAUUCAACCCUCAAAUGCCGAUGCCGCCAACAACGAUAGCCCCACAUCCUCCCCCCCAACCCUCGUCACGCGGCGCCAUCCCAACUUCUAUUUUCCCCUCCUUCAAGCGCCUCCUCAACCCCAGUGCAAAACAUCGCAUGACCGUCGGCGCUUUCCUCGAGGUCGGCAUGGGUGGGACAACGAGCGAAGGUAGCGGAUUCUUCUCCAAUAACGUCCUUGUCAAGACUUGCGCGGGGCUCGAGAACUUUGCACUUGGCAGUGAUGCCGAUAAACAAGCGAUGAUCCGUACCCUACGCGACUCGGCAAACUCCUUCCCGCCAUCGUUCACCGCUUACAAGCUGUUGCCGUCGUUGCUGAGCGCGCUCGAGUUUGCCGGCUCGACUGCAAGUGCGGUAUUGCCUCUUGUAUUCCAAUUUGGGAAGAAUGUGCCCCCAGCAGAGUAUCAGAGCCAAAUCGUUGGACCAGUGGUGAAGCUGUAUGCCAGUCCAGAUCGCGGGAUGAGGUUGGCACUUCUGGAACAUCUGGAGGAGUACGCCGACAAGCUGGAGCAGAAGCAGGUCGUCAACCAGAUCUGGCCGAAUUUGCAAACGGGAUUCACUGAUACGGUCGCCAUUAUCCGGGAAGCGACUGUCCGUUCCAUCAUCCUCAUCGCACCCAAACUCUCAGACCGAAUCCUGAAUAACGAACUCCUACGACAACUAGCCAAGACCCAAAUGGACCCAGAAGCCUCAAUCCGUACCAACACCGUUAUCCUCAUCGGUCGUCUAGCGCCCCAGUUAUCCAAAGUCACCAAGCAGAAGAUGCUCGUUCCUGCAUUUGCCAGGAGUUUGAAGGAUGCGUUCGUCCAUGCUCGAGUGGCGGGGUUGAUGGCUUUCAUGGCGACGGCGGAUAUGUUUUCCCCUGAUGAGCAGGCGCAGCGGGUGCUACCAGUUGUGUGCGGGUCGAUGGUGGAUAAGGAAAAGCUGGUACGGGAUCAAGCGUUCAAGGCUGUGGAGAUGUUCGUAAAACUACUAGAAUCCUACGCCACAACAUUGCCAGACACAGUAAUCCGUCCCGAGUCUUCGGCAAGCCCCAACGGUAUCCCUAACCCUAGUGCCGUGCCGGCGACGAUGCAAGCUCAGCUCGUGAAUUCUGCCGCGGGUGCAGCGGGUGCUCUGGCAGGGUGGGCGAUGUCCUCCCUCAGCAAGCAGCUAAGUGCUGCAGAUGUCAAAGGCAGCAUGGGGGGCAGCACACUGCUUUUACCCGCUCCACCAAUAAACGGCAUAGCACUUAGCCCGAAUGGGAAGCCGCAAGUGGCACAAACCUUGACUGGCAUGCCGUCAGCACCUCAGCGGCCACCUCCUACGCCUCUGACAUCAGCAAGUUCAUCUAAGGGGGGCAUGCAGCUGCGCUCACAUACGACAUCAUCGGAUAAGAUGUCAGCCUUGCUGGCCGAAGUCACAGAUGCAGACGAAGGGGAUGCGGAUGGUGUGAACGCCUGGGAAGGGGAUCUGAUAGACGUCAACGCGGACGCUGAUGACUGGAGCGCCUUCGAAGCUGCACCGGUCAAUAGGAAAGACAUGGACGAGGAUGACGGAGGGUGGGACCAACCAGCCCCAGAACCCGCAUACCGUCUCUCCACAGUCUCUUCCACAGCAAACCGAACACCUGGAAUUCAACUCUCCUCCACAUCCCGGAACGCGUUCACCCCACCUCCCGCUCGACCUCCAGCGCCUCUCGCGCCCAAACCAGUGCCUGUUACCUCUGCUGCUGCACCGAAAUUCGCUCCGGCAGAUACGUGGGGCACGUUCGACGACGCUUCCUCGACGCCUUCUCGUGCUUCUACGCCUGUUUCGGCCGUAGUGGCCGCGCCUAGCCUGGCAGGGAUGAGCAAGGAAGAGAAAGCGGCAGAGCUAGCCCGGAGAAGAGAGGAAAGAAAACAGAGGAUCGCUCAAGCGAAAGCUCAGAACGCGAAAUGAGUGCCUGGGAAGAGGUUUCUUUGCACUUCUAUUUGUCGGGAUGUUUCUUGCUUCGGAUACCA